AGCUUUCAACAUUUUGAACUGGAAAAGCAUGUCACAAUACAGCGUUUUCACUAUAUCGCCUCUGGUUUAGUGUGUUUUAUUUGUUUACCCCACGUGGCAAUCGCAGCAAAGUGAAGAGCUGAAGUGGUUUCGCCGGGAAAACACAAUCCUGUUCGUUUUCCUGACUGCUCUUUGAAUCCAGUGGAAAGCACUCCAGUAGCACAAACCCAAAAGCAGAUCGUUAAAAAUAUGCAAGUUUGCUUUCCUGCUUAAUUAGUAAGUUGCUUAACUUUCCUGGAUUAACACUAAUAACUCCAUCGCUACAGAAGCGUGACCCUUUAAACGUAUGUUCCUUUCCAGACAUUGCUUCCUAAUUUUAGGGGUUUCAUGUUGCUGAAAGUAUCUGAACAAUCAUGUGUGGAUAUUUUGUAGUCAGAAAUAUUUGACCGAGCUCCAGGAGUGGUGUUUCACGCCCUACUUUGAGCACCGCCGGGGCCAGCUGUCACCCUGGCUCCUUGCAGCAGCGCCAGAGACACUCUGGCAGGAUCACCGAAACGGCUUCCCGCUGACCCAGCCGACAGCAGGCAAAAUGGAUCGCCACGAAAGCGCCUCAGAGGCCAACAAACCCCACCAAAAUCGUCUCUCCAGUGUCACCGAGGAGGAAGAAGAACAAGAUGCAGCUUACACGAUUGUGACGGUCCUGGACAAAGUGGCCAACAUUGUGGACAGCGUGCAGGCGAGCCAGAAGAGGAUCGAGGAGAGGCACAGGGAGAUGGAAAAUGCCAUCAAGACCAUACAGAUUGACAUUUUAAAGCUUGCCCAGGCUCAUGGCAAUACAGGCUACACGGUGAACAAGUUACUGGAGAAAACUCGCAAAGUCAGCUCCACCAUGAAGGAGGUGCGGGCACGCGUGGAGAGGCAGAGCGCCAACGUGCGGAAGGUGGAAGCCAAGCAAGAGGAGAUGCUGAAGAAAAACAAAUUCCGGGUUGUAAUCUAUCAGGAGGAAACUGAGUGUCCUUCAUCUCUCUCUGUAAUCAAAGAGAGGACAGCAGGUGAAACUAUAGAGGAUGAUUUCUUCUUACCUGAUGACCUGUCUUCUGAUGAAGAAUAUUACGUUGAAGAAAGCAAAGCAACCCGGUUCAAGAAAUCAGGCAUGAGGCGCAUAGAUGGUAUCAAAAAGGCUUUUUCAAGGGAAAAUAUGCAAAAGACAAGACAAAAUUUUGGCAAGAAGGUAAACAGGCUUCGAACUAGAAUUGUGACCCCUGAGAGGAGAGAGAGGAUCAGGCAGUCAGGAGAGAGACUGAGACAAUCUGGGAUGAGGAUCAAGAAAACCAUUGCACAAGCUGCCCCAACAAAGGAGGCGUUCAAGAUCCAUAAAAAAGGUAAAGAACGAACAGGAGCCGAAGGUCAGGAGGGUAUCCAGGGAGCCAGUGUGCACAUCGCCUCUGAGUUUGCAGCAGCAGAGCCCUUCACUGAAGAAAUCUCUUACUCAGAAGUGAUCACUAAAGUAAAGAAAGACAAGAAUAGUGUGACAAAAGGUGCCUCCCCGUCAACUGAAAAAGCGGUGACACUGCCAGAAGUUGUUCUUAAACAGGAAGGAAAAGAAGGAAGUGGGAGAGGUGGAGAUGAUGUCCCUUUGCUAGACUUAAAGCAAUUGGCAUAAGGAAUCAAUUAUCAAGCACCUUAUGCUAUCCUUACUGAACCAGAAAUAACACAGGAUGUAUUCACUCAGCUUUUGAAACACGUGUGAGUUUGUGUUCUAUCACAAAACCUGCUGGUGGUGUUCUAGCAUUUACACAGGUGUCUAGUGUCGUCUUCCCGACAAAAGUCAAGCCAUGCAAACUCAAUGAAGGUGCUCCCCCUCUGUCUUGCAGUGUGCUGACAGCCCAUCAUUGACCCAAAUGGAAUUCAUGUGUCAAAGGGAGAUGGAAAUCUGCUGUAUUUCCAAGAUUGAUUUAGCAGUCACUUUACAGCCUAAUGACUUUAUUUAGUUUUAUGUAGUACACUAUAAAAAUAAUUUCCAUUACCUUAUACCAACUGCUCUAAUCAGAAAACAAUACAAAGCUAUUCCUUCACAUUAACAAAAGGAAGAAGCAUGGAAAAAUGUCCAUUUAAUUAUACAAAUCUUUUUGUUUAAGGGCCCUUACUGAAGCAGCAGCAGGAGGAAAUUCCUGCUUUAUCCAGGGUGUAACAAAAUGUGCCAGGAAUGAUAGAGUUUUGAGUAAAUUGUGUUUCUUCUCAGUGGAAAAGAAAGCUCCUGAAAUGACUGACGAUUAUUUCCAGAGUUAUGGAAGAGGAAGGUUUGAUGUAUGUAAGCAAUGCAUUUUCUGCACUUACAGUGUUAAGAAUAAAAAAGCAAAAGACACAUUAAAUAUAGGAUAGCAGAAGGAAAAGUGAAUGAGGUAUUGUAUUUGUGUUUUGGAAAGAUGUGACUGUGAGAAAGGUAAGGGCAUGAAGCAGCAAAAUAGGCAUCAUCAUUAGUGCAUGGGUUCUGGACAAAUAGAGAAAUAAAAUAUUGCAACUGAAGUUUCCUUGAGAUCUGUUUGGUCUAUCUAGAGGAUCACAGGGCUCAUGAAUGAAACUGACCAGACCAGGGACUUGUUUUGUUUUCCAUUCUCGGUACUUUUUCUGAGCUUCACUGUAAUUAAAAUCUGUUCUACAAAGCCACUGAAGUACAGGGCCAAUCCAUAACUCAAUUCUUUGUUUCCUAUCAUCAUCAUUAUUGACCAGCCACAGCCUCAGGGAUUAGGAGACAGACACCCUUUGGAGCAUGGAAUGCUGUUUAUUUGCAACACUCAGGAGCCAGUGCCCUGACAUCAGAUAUGUUUGUAAACACGACUGCUACGCUGACAUGAGGUGCAAGACUGUAUUGCUCUCUUCAUUCUAAAAUGGAGUUGCCUUCAGAGCACUUACCUAAAGCAAUGUUAGUCAUUACUAUCUGUGUGAAACUUGUACAAUAUUGCCAAAAAGCUGUACAAUUGUAUUUAAUAUCUCAGAUUUAUUUCAACAGCAGAGCAUAACUUGGUUAUCUAUAUACAUUGUUUGAGGACUCCCAGCUAAUUGUUAAUCUAUAAUUUAAAUAUAAUUAGUUUGAU